CGGGACCCCGCCCCCAUCCCCGCACCCCCAUAUACACAGCCCGCUCCUCCAUCCCCCAGCACACACACACCGAGCCCGGAGAGUCGGGGCACCUGUACACCGGAGAAGCGGAGAAGAAGUUUGCUGGGCAGCGAUGAGCAGUGUGCGGGCACUGACAUCUGCGGGGCUCCUCUUCCUAUGGCACAUCCCCCUGGCGAUGGGGCACACGGCCGGCUUCGGCUUUGAGUACCUAAUGGAGGAGAGCGCAGAGGAGCCCAACUACAAGGACCCCUGCAAGGCCGCUGCUUAUUGGGGUGAUAUUGCUUUGGAUGAAGAGGACCUGAAAUGGUUUCAAGUUAACAGAUCACUAGACCAAGAAGAAACCAACAACCAGACUGUAUUUACAGCAGAUGACCUGAAUGAAAAUGUUACCAUUUCAAGUCUGAACACAACGGCACCUAAUCUCGCAACCCCUCAAGUUAUAAAGGGUAGCUUGAAUGCUGUGACAAAUGGAUCCACAAUCAAAUAUUCUAGCGACAAGAAGGCAAGGGUUCGCAGAGCUGCAACUUCUAGAACGGAGAGAAUAUGGCCCGGAGGAGUCAUACCUUAUGUCAUCGGAGGAAACUUUACUGGCCCUCAAAGAGCAAUCUUUAAACAAGCAAUGAGGCACUGGGAAAGAUAUACCUGUGUAACAUUUGUUGAAAGAACUGAUGAAGAAAGUUACAUCAUAUUCACUUACAGAACAUGUGGCUGCUGUUCAUAUGUAGGUCGUCGUGGAGGAGGUCCUCAGGCCAUAUCCAUAGGAAAAAACUGUGAUAAAUUCGGCAUAGUGGUCCAUGAAUUGGGUCAUGUUGUUGGUUUUUGGCAUGAACAUACCCGGCCUGACCGAGAUGAGCAUGUGACAAUUGUGAGAGAAAACAUACAGCAAGGUCAGGAAUACAACUUCCUUAAAAUGGAGCCAGGAGAAGUGAACUCUUUGGGAGAGACAUACGAUUUUGAUAGUAUCAUGCAUUAUGCCAGGAACACAUUCUCAAGGAGUGUAUAUUUUGAUACAAUACUUCCCCGGAGAAUUAAUAACCAUAUUCGACCAACUAUUGGGCAGCGCAUUCGCCUCAGCCAAGGAGAUAUUGCUCAGGCAAAGAAGCUGUAUAAGUGUCCAGCUUGUGGAGAAACUUUGCUAGAAUCAAGUGGUAAUUUUUCUGCUCCUGGUUAUCCAAGUGGUUAUCCAUCCUAUACACAUUGCAUCUGGAGAAUCUCAGUUACACCUGGAGAAAAGAUAGUUCUGAAUUUCACAGAAAUGGACCUAUUUAAAAGUCGGCUAUGCUGGUACGACUACAUAGAAAUUCGGGAUGGUUAUUGGAGGAAAGCACCAUUACUAGGCAGAUUAUGUGGGGAUCAUAUUCCAGAGCCGUUAAUAUCAACUGACAGUAGGUUAUGGAUUGAAUUUCGAAGUAGCAGUAAUAUCCUUGGUAAAGGGUUCCUGGCAUUUUAUGAAGCUAAAUGUGGAGGCAGUUUAAAAAAGGACAUGGGUCAGAUACAGUCUCCUAACUAUCCGGAUGAUUAUCGGCCAGAUAAACACUGCGUUUGGACGAUUUCGGUCUCUGAAGGAUAUGUAGUUGGUCUUGCCUUCCAAACUUUUGAGUUUGAACCACAUGAUAAUUGUCUGUAUGAUCACCUCCAAAUACGUGAUGGCCCUUCUGAAGAUAGUCCGUUGAUUGGACAAUUUUGUGGCUAUGAGAAGCCUGAUGAUAUUAAAUCUACCUCAAAUACUCUGUGGAUAAAAUUUUACUCUGACACUUCUAUCAAUAAAGCUGGAUUUUCUGCCAACUUUUUCAAAGAGAUGGAUGAAUGUGCAAGGCCUGAUAAUGGAGGAUGUGCUCAGCGUUGUGUUAAUACUCUGGGAAGUUACAAAUGUGUCUGUGAUCCAGGCUAUGAGCUGACGCCAGACAAGAAAAACUGUGAGGUUGCCUGUGGAGGUUUCAUAACAAAACUAGAUGGGACAAUAACAAGUCCUGGCUGGCCAAAUGAAUAUCCUAUGAACAAAAACUGUGUAUGGCAAGUGGUAGCUCCAGCACAGUACAGGAUAUCACUGCAGUUUGAAGUCUUUGACAUUGAGGGCAAUGAUGUUUGCAAGUAUGACUAUGUGGAAAUUCGCAGUGGUCUAACUUCAGAGUCAAAGCUACAUGGAAGAUAUUGUGGCUCUGAAAAACCAGAUGUCAUUACAUCACAAGGCAAUGGUAUAAGGCUGGAAUUUAAAUCUGAUAACACCGUGUCCAAAAAAGGAUUUAAAGUAAACUUUUUUUCUGAUAAAGAUGAGUGUUCCAAAGACAAUGGAGGCUGUCAGCAUGAGUGUAUCAACACAUUUGGCAGCUAUAUGUGCCAGUGCAAAAAUGGCUACACGCUUCAUGACAACGGACAUGACUGUAAAGAAGCUGGCUGUGAACACAGACUUGUGAAUGCUGAGGGAACCAUUUCAAGCCCAAGUUAUCCUGAGAAGUAUCCAAGCCGCAAGGAGUGCACAUGGGGCAUAUCCACUACUGCUGGUCAUAGAGUCAAACUAGUUUUCAAUGACUUUGAAAUUGAACUGCACCAGGAAUGUGCCUAUGAUCACCUUGAACUGUACGAUGGACCAACCAGCAAAUUCCCCAUUCUUGGGAGAUUUUGCGGCAGCACAAAACCAGAGCCUGUAAUUGCAUCAACAAGCAAUAUGUUUCUGCGUUUUUAUUCUGAUGCUUCAGUGCAGAGAAAAGGAUUCCAGGCCAAAUAUAGUACAGAAUGUGGAGGACGCUUAAAAGCGGAGAUCCAGACCAAGGAUCUGUAUUCCCAUGCCCAGUAUGGCGAUAACAAUUACCCAGUACAAUUGAACUGUGAGUGGGUUAUUGUAGCAGAAGAUGGCUAUGGUGUGGAAUUGAUAUUUGAAACAUUUGAAAUGGAGGAAGAAUCGGAUUGUGGUUAUGACCAUGUAGAAAUCUAUGAUGGAUAUGACAGUACCGCUCCAAGGCUGGCAAGAUAUUGUGGAUCUGGGCCUCCUGAAGAAAUCUAUUCUGCCGGGGACUCAAUCAUGAUUCGCUUCCACACUGAUGACACCAUCAAUAAAAAAGGAUUCCAUGCUCGAUAUACCAGUACCAAAUUCCAGGACGCACUUCACAUGAGGAAAUGACCAAUAUCUGCGCUGAUGUUUAGUAGCCUUUUUUGGAUCUAAAUUGUCAAUGUUUUAUGGCAGUUUGAGAGACAGAGACUGAAAUUAAUGCUGUGCAAGAUUCUGUGUCAAAGUAUGAAUGCAGUCUGUUAGAUCUUUAUGGUUUAGGAUUCAGAUUUUUGUAGCCUAUUUCUGUUUUGUGCCAAUGUACUAAGGACCAAAUAUUUUCUUAUCCAACUCGGUUUACAUUGCUCUGAAAUGAAAUGUUCAAAAGGGCUUUACCAUGUUCUUGUACACGAAUAAUGCAGUAGUCGGGUAAAAUGCCUGCUGCUCUGAACUGGUGGUUUAGUAAAUGUGGGUUCAAGGCUGACUACACGUUGUAUACAAACUGAUUGUCUCCAUAUGAUCUGUGUAGUGCAAGGGCCUGUCUGAUUCCAAACAAAUUGAAUUGGUUGUUUAAGUUUGUCCUCCAUUGUACAGAGGGUUGUACAAUCUGAUUUAUAAAGUGUUUGGCCAGCAAAAGAGCCACUACUUUUCUGGUCUUGCUCCAUGAUCACACCAUGGCAACCAAUUUCAGUGUUAUAUGGUUUGAGGGUAAAAGAGGGACUUGGAGUACUGACGGGCGCAUAGUAUACACCCUGGACUGCCUAUUGCAGACAAUUUUGCACACUUGGUAUAUCCAGCUAACAAUUAGACAGUCAUUCAGAAUAUGACAUUUAAAGGGUUGAUUCACUCUGCAAGAGCAGUUGCUCCAGAACUUGGUAAAUGAGCAAAAGCUCUGCUGACUUCCAUCCUUUUUUUUGCACGCGAUUGGGUACUGUUUUGCAAGGUGAAGGGUUGCCUCAUUUACUAAGCUCUGGAGCAACUGUACUUUGCAAAGAUCAGUCUAUUUGCCUUUAGUAAAUCAACCCCUAAGGGUUUAUUCACACUUGUGUAA